AUGAUCGACCGGGCCGGACCUUCGCUCAAGAGCUCGGUGUUCAACGAUCUCCGUCUCGAGGGACAGUUUUGUGAUGCAGUCAUCAAAGUGGAGGACGUGGCAUUUAAAAUCCACAGAGUCAUCCUGUGUGAAUGCAGCGACUACUUCCUUGUUCUCUUCGGACCCCGGUGCAGUCCAGACAAGAAGGUUUUCGUCAUACCGGGAGUGUCUCCCGACAUCAUGCGGAUCCUCAUUGAGUUUGCGUACACCGGCUCCGUUUCAGUCACUACAGACAACGUGCAGGAGCUGCUGCUGGCGGCGGACCAGCUCGGCGUGAUGGACGUCGUGAAGACUUGCUGCGACUUCCUCGGCGAGCGGCUCAGCGCGGAGAACUGCGUCGGCAUCUUUCGGUUCGCCGACGUCGUCUUCUGCCCCGAACUGCAGCGCAGGGCCUACCGCUACAUGGUCGAUCACUUCGAGGGGGUCGCUCGCCACGAAGAGUUCCCGCUGCUGUCCCUGCAGCAGCUCGUCGGCGUCCUCGAAAGAGACGACCUCGACGUGAGCGACGAGCGCGUCGCCUUCGAGGCCGUCCUUCGUUGGAUCCGCCACGUACCCGAAGAACGGGAAGCACACGUGGCGGUGCUCUUGUCGAAGGUGCGACUGGCCUUGAUGAGUAUGGACUACAUGCAGCUCACGGUGUUGUCCAAUGAGCUCGUGAAUACCAGCACUGAGUGCCGGCUCAUGGUCCGGGAUGCCAUGGAUCAUAUCAGGACAAGCAAGCCCUCUCUCGAUCAGCUCUGCAACCCUCUCGCCCGCCCUCGCCUGCCGAACGCCAUCCUGUUGGCCAUCGGAGGCUGGAGGGGCACUCAUGCAACCAACGUCAUCGAGGUGUACGACGUCCGCGGCGACUCCUGGAUCAACCUGACAAACCAUUCCGAGCAGCCCCGCGCCAACCACGGCUCCGCCGUCCUCAACGGGAGCCUCUACUGCAUCGGCGGCAUCUACCAGACGGAGCCUUUGAACAGCGUCCGCAGGCUCGACCUGAGCACGCGCCUCUGGCACGAGGCGGCCUCCAUGUGCGAGCGCCGCCGCUUCCUGAGCGUCGCCGUGCUGGGCCAAUGCAUCUACGCCUUGGGAGGCUCCGAUGGGUUCAGGGCGCUCAGAACGGCCGAGCGCUACAGGCCCGAGGCCAACCAGUGGAGUCUCAUCGCGCCGAUGCAAAGGCACCGGAGCCACGCCGGCAGCACAACGCUGCACAACAAGGUUUAUAUUUGUGGCGGGUUCAAUGGGAGGGAGUGCCUGCAGACGGCGGAAUGCUACAUCCCGGAGGCCAACCAGUGGACCAUGAUCGCCCGCAUGAACAGCCCGCGCGGCGGACUUGGCAGCGUUGCAUAUGCAGGUCGUGUCUAUGCAGUUGGAGGCUGCGACAACAACCACCGCUUGAACACCGCAGAGGCGUACGACCCCGCGGACGACAGCUGGCGAGAAGUGGCGUCCAUGUCGGCUCCCCGCGAGCACUUCGGCAUCGAAGUGCUCGACAAUCGGAUCUUUGUCGUCGGGGGCGACGACGGCUUCACCACGCACUCCGACGUCCAGAGCUACGACGCGGCGACUAAUGAGUGGACGGAGGCACGUGGCAUGGAGAUGUUCCGCAGUGCCCUGAGCUGCUGUGUGGUGUCCGGGCUCCCCAACAUAGCCGAGUACGUUUUACCCCGGGACGCCCUGCCGCUUCACCAAUACUAUACAAACCAGGAAGAACUCUCCUGA